ACAAGCAAGUUUAAAUUUAGCAAGUAUUGGGCUAUAUAUAGGCCUCACUACCAAGUCUUUCUUACACAUCACAUACACACAUAUCGCUGAGAGAAAAUGAGCAGCUUUUUGAGGUUGUUUGCUACUGCUUUCCUUGUGAUGAUGCUUCUCUUCUCCUCUGGAAUGGUGGCGGAGGCGAGGACGUGCGAGUCGAAGAGCCACCGGUUCAAGGGAAUUUGUGUGAGAAAAGCCAAUUGCGCGGCGGUGUGCCAGACUGAGGGUUUCCACAGCGGCCACUGUCGGGGCUUCCGCCGCCGGUGCUACUGCACCAGACACUGUUAACUAAAUCUACUCUUCUUUUCAUUAAGAAUAUUAAUUAAAUCAAGUAAUGACUGAUUACUACAACGUACGUAUGAGUGUAGCAGUCGCUCAAGGGUUUGGUGUGAUGUGUGUGAUUUAAAAUAAGAGAAUUUCUCUCAUCUGUUUGUGAGGACUCUUUCUUUUUCUGCCUUUUCGUUUUAUGUAAUUUGCUGUACUUUUAAGUUUUAAAUUGGUAUUAUGAGUCUAUAA